CAUAAACAAAGUAAAAUGUCUCAAAUAUCUGGAACAAGUGCAAAAGCAAAAAAAUAUGGAAAUUUUAACAUCCUUCCAAAAACCGAUUCCAUUCCACAGUCUACGAGUAUUAAGGUAGAAGAUUUAGACAGAGAACGCCAAAUUUUAGAACAAUAUGGCUCUAAAAAGGCAUCGUUUUCUUCAAAGCAACAAUUGGUUGUAAUUGGAGUUUCACUUGAUCACUUGUCGAGAAGUACACAAUUAUUUAUUUGCUGUGCUGGGGUAUUUGUAUUCUAUCUAAUUUACGGCUAUGUACAAGAACUGAUCUUCAACAUUGAGGGUUUCCAACCCUUUGGUUGGUAUUUAACCUUAGUUCAGUUUGCAUGUUACGGAAUUUUUGGAAUCAUUGAGAGUUACUGGAGGAUGGAAUUUCAUAGAAAGAUUCCCUUAAAGACUUACGCUCUGCUUGCAUUUCUGACUGUAUCAACGAUGGGUCUUUCAAAUACUUCUCUUGGAUAUCUUAAUUAUCCUACUCAAGUUAUAUUCAAGUGUUGUAAACUUAUCCCUGUCAUGGUUGGGGGAGUUUUAAUACAAGGAAAGAGAUACAGUCUUAUUGAUGUUGGAGCGUGCUUGCUGAUGAGUGUUGGAUUGAUUUUAUUCACGUUAGCUGACAGUGAAAUCUCCCCAAGAUUUGAUGAAACAGGUGUUAUAUUAAUUACCCUGGCAUUGUGUGCUGAUGCAGUGAUUGGAAAUGUUCAAGAAAAGGCAAUGAAAACACACUCCAGUACUAACACAGAAGUUAUAUUGUUUUCUUACGGUAUUGGUUUCUUUUAUAUUUUGGUUGGAUUAACGAUCUCUGGAGGGUUAAGAGAACCUUUUGAAUUUUGUGCCAAACGUCCUGGGGAAACCUAUGGUCUGGCAGUGAUAUUUUCUUUGACCGGAUAUCUGGGAAUUGCAUUUGUUUUAUCCUUAGUAAAAUGCUUUGGUGCUCUACUUGCAGUAACAGUUACUACAUGUAGGAAAGCCAUAACUAUUGUACUGUCUUUCAUGUUUUUCACAAAGCCAUUCACAUUUCGAUAUGUUUGGUCAGGUGCCAUUGUACUUCUUGGUAUUUCAAUGAACAUCUACAGUAAAAACAGGGAGAAAAUGGAUGCUAUGUUUUGGCAAUAUUUGAUGAGACUCUCUAAGAGAAAACCAACUCUUUCACAGGAAAUAUGAUAUCAUUUUCAAUGAUGCAAACAAGAAUUUAAAUGUGAACCUAAAUUUUUAACUAUUUAUAUAUUCUUAUUCAAAUAUUUAUUUUUUACAACAAAUGAACAACUCUCCAAAGAGAGUGGUAAAUGUGCACCCGGUGACGUCAUGUGA